AUGGCGCUUACAGCACCCAUUGCUAAUCUGGAGAACUGCGUGUCGGUCAUCAUGCCGCUCCUGGAUGCCAGCUGCUCCCGUGAGCCUGCUCUGCACCACACCAAACAGACCCUACAAGGCAUGGCCAGUGCUCAAGGAGCAUCUAGACAUGCCUUCACCUGCCAUUUUCUGUAUGAUAAAAGACGCCAGAUUGAUGUUAGAAUGUCUGAACAUGGGAAGAAAACCACAAAGCUCCUCCUUGUGCCAAAGAGAACCAAAUCAGCCAGGGCUGGUCUGCAGUUCCCUGUGGGUCGUGUCCACAGGCUCCUUAGAAUGGGGAACUACGCUGACAGGAUCAGCCCUGGUGCCGCCAUCUACCUGGCUGCGGUGCUGGAGUACCUGAGUGCGGAGAUCCUGGAGCUGGCGGGGAACGCUGCACAGGAAAACAAGAAAACCAGGAUCCUGCCCAGGCACAUCCAGCUGGCUGUGAGAAAUGAUGAUGAGCUGAACAAGCUGCUCUUCUGCGUGACCAUUGCUCAAGGAGGGGUGUUACCUAAUGUUCUUCCCGAACUUUCUCCUAAGAAGACCACCUCGCUUAAACCGCCCCACAAAAAUGUCCAGUUGCAGGAGUUCUAG